UCAAGAAAAUUCGCAAGUUGAAUAGUGAAAUUUCACAAAAGUAUAUUUCUUCUAAAUUAUAAUGGAUAAAAUGUUUAGAAACUCGCCAUUCACAGGACCUUCCAUGAAGGCAUCAGAAAAAUUGAGAGAUCAAAUGAACCACUAUUUAACAGAUGAAGUAAACCCAGCUGCAGGUGGAGUGAAAGUUUUGCCCAGUGAACCCGUCAGCAGUAAUGGUGGAAAAGGAUUUCAAAUAUUCUCUGGUGAAUAUCAACCUUUUGUAUUCAGAGCUACCAGAUAUACUGUGGCCAAGGUCACGUUUAUAGGCAUUCUCUCGUUCAUGCUAUUUCGUCUUUGGUGUGAAAUCGACAAGAAGAGGAAGAUGACCAAGGAAAUAUCCUCUGAAGUGAAAGAAGAAAAGGAUGAAAGCUUAACUAAGGAAAAAAAGGUUGCUGAAGCACUUGAUGGUCAUCAUUUUCUUGGUUUGGCGAUCGAAAAUGCUGAAACAUCUGAUAGACCCGUUGAUGAAAUAUCUUUGCCGAUUGUGAAAGAUAAGGUUCUAGAUGAGGUUCUAUGGAUGGGAAUUGACCCAAUGGUUAUCUGCGGUGAAUACACUCUGGAGAGAAUGGAAGGAGCUGAAGAGUUUCUAAAAUGUCUUGGAUUCUCCUAUCUGGAGAUUAGACUGUUCCUGUCACUUACCACCAAUAUCAAGGUUGAAUACAAGGAUGAAUUGUGGAAAUUUACUGUAGACAAGGGAAUGGGACAUACAGAGGUUCAUGAGUUUAAAUCUGGACAAUGGUUUGUGGAGAGCAGAGAGCUUGGAGUUUACGAUUGUAAAUAUACUUUCGUUAAACCUUUCGUUUUCAGGUUUACACUGAAACCAAGGAAUAAGAAGAAUAAGACUGUGAGUGGAACACAAACGUUUACUGAUGAUGGGUUGGUGCAGAUUGCUAGACUGAGAAAAGGACGGAAAACAAUUAAAUGUGUUUCGCAUUUUUCUAAAGUCUGAUCUAAAUAUUCAAUUCUUAAUAAAUAUUAGUGAAACUUUUCAAA